AUGUGGGACUUUGAGCAAUGCGACCCCGACGCGUGUUCGGGGAAGCGACUUUACCGCCAGAAUGCACUGCGUCUUCUGAAGUUGCGCGAGCCUUUUCACGGUGUGGUGCUCACACCGACCGCGGUCGAAAUUGUGAGUCCCGCAGACGCCGGUAUCGUCGCACAGUUCGGUGCCGCCGUGGUGGACUGCUCGUGGAAACAGCUAGACGCGGUGCCGUGGCGGCAGAUGAAGAUGGGCGCCCCACGGCUGCUGCCCUUGCUGAUCGCUGCAAAUCCGGUCAACUAUGGACGACCGUCAAAGCUCAACUGUGCAGAGGCACUGGCAGGCGCGUUGGCUGUUGUUGGCCGCAUCGACGACGCGAAAGCUGUCCUGUCACAUUUCUCGUGGGGCGCGAGUUUCUUUGACGUGAACGCGGAGCUUCUGGAGGGAUACAGCAAGUGCGCUAAUGCGGGGGAAGUGGCGGCAUUCCAGGAGCGCUACGUCGCAAUGGAGGUGCGCGAGAGUGCUGCGCGGCGGGAGGUGGACUUCAACAACGUGGACUUGAUGGAUGCGGCUCCGCUCAAUGCCAAGAGGGGGAAGCUAAAGAACCAGCACGCAUGGCGGCGUCGUGGUGGCGACGAUGAUGACGACGACGAUGAAGACGAGAGUGAUGAAGAGGAAGAGGAUAAAGAGUAUAACGAAGCGGAAAGUGAAGGUGAAGAGGGCGAGGAGGCAGAGGAAGAUGAUGAAGAGAAGGAAGCGAAUCUGGAAGUGGUGAAGGAAAUGGGUGGUGAAGAGGAGGAACAGCACUAG